GACCUCCAGGUAUCACUGCGGGGAGCUGGGUGAGACCCCCAUCCUGCCAAAGCACCCCGUGCUGGGGUCCCUCCGAGAAGGGCAGCUGUCCUGGCUGGCUGUGUGGCCAGCACAGCCUGAGGGGUGCAGGGCUGGGAAAAGCCUUAGCUUGGCUCCAAGGGCCACCUGCCUUGUGACACCCUAGGGGUGCCUCUUGGACAGGUGUGUUCCCAAAUUUGCUCGCUCCCGUGGGCCCCAGGGAACGGGAUAAGUGGAGCUGGACACGGUUAAUGCAGCUGCAGCAUCUGGGGCAGCCUGGAGAUGCCACUGAGCUGCGGUGUCUCCUAGCUGGUUGGUCUCUCAGGCAGCAAAAAGUGCAUUUUUAGAACCCUCAUGCAUCUUCCAGAGCAGGUCUGUGCUUUUGCGUGGGGCAGAGCAGACCUGGUGGGUCACUGAAGCCUCCUCUGGGUGUGUGGGGCUGUGUCCCCCAUCCCAGCCCCUGCCUGAUGGCACUGGGGACACCAGAGUGCUGGCUGCAGCCCCUCUGCCCUGCCAUUUACACCCCAGUUUAUCACCAGCGAGCUGCCUGCCUGGGGCAAGGGCAGUGGGCUCCAGGCUGUUUGCUGCAUUUUAAUACCUGUUGCUCGGAGAAGUGGAACAGAGUCCUUGAGCAGAGCCCUGUGUGUCACUCAGAGUACCCGAGGGGCUCUUCCAAGGGCACCUGUGCCUCCCCCAGUCCCUCCAGCUCACCUGGCAAGCCGGCACCUGCAAAAACCAGUUCUGUGCCUGAGCGCCUGGGAGAUCCCAAACACGGGGUGUUUUUUUCAUGCGUUUUAAACAGCAUGUGCUGUCUGUGUGGACUGACUGGGUGUUUGCUCCUGCAGGUUGAGGCUCUGAAGGAGGCCACCCCCCCAGGCAGCCAUGGCCCCCACGCUGGCCACGGCGCACCGGCGGCGCUGGUGGAUGGCGUUCACGGCCAUCAUCGAGAACCUGCUCUUCUCCGCCGUGCUGCUGGGCUGGGGCUCCCUGCUCAUCAUGCUCAAGGCAGAAGGGUUCUAUUCCUACCUGUGCUACGGCUUAGAGACCACCACCAACAGCUCUGAGCCGGACAACAGCACAGCUUCAGAGCACAAAUGGCCAUCCUGCAACGCCCAGGACGAAAUGCUGAACUUGGCCUUCACCAUCGGCUCCUUCCUGCUCAGUGCCAUCACGCUGCCCUUGGGAAUUGUCAUGGACAAGUACGGCCCGCGCAAGCUGCGGCUGCUGGGCAGUGCCUGCUUUGCCGUGUCCUGCGUGCUGAUCGCGUACGGUGCCAGUAACCCAGACUCUCUGUCUGUGCUGAUAUUCAUUGCCCUGGCUCUGAAUGGCUUUGGUGGGAUGUGCAUGACCUUCACAUCGCUCACGCUGCCCAACAUGUUUGGUGACCUUCGUUCCACGUUCAUUGCUCUGAUGAUUGGCUCCUAUGCUUCCUCUGCUGUGACUUUUCCAGGAAUCAAGGUUAUAUAUGACUUUGGGGUCUCCUUCAUCCUUAUUCUGCUUGUCUGGGCAAGCUGUGCAGGGCUUGUUUUCCUCAACUGCUUCUUCAACUGGCCCCUGGAGCCUUUCCCAGGACCAGAAGACAUGGACUACUCGGUGAAGAUAAAGUUCAGCUGGCUGGGAUUUGACCACAAAAUCACUGGGAAGCAGUUCUACAAGCAAGUGACGACCGUGGGGCGCCGCCUCAGUGUGGGGAGCUCCAUGAAGGGCCCCAAGGAGCCUGCAGCUUUGCAGGAGAACAACAAGCUCUGUCUGUCUACAGUGGACCUGGAAGUGAAGUGCCAGCCUGACAGUGCAGCUACUCCCUCCUUCAUGAAGAGUGUCUUCAGUCCCAUCCUGUUGCUCAGCCUUAUCACCAUGUGUGUCACUCAGCUGAGGCUCAUCUUCUACAUGGGAGCCAUGAACACCAUCCUUGAGUUUCUGUCUGGAGAUGAAAGUCAAGUUGCUCUCUACACUUCCAUUUUUGGGGUCCUGCAGCUGCUGUGCCUGCUGACAGCGCCUGUGAUCGGGUGCAUCAUGGACUGGAGAAUGAAAGAGUGUGAUGAUGGCUCAGAAGAGAAUGAGGAGAGCAACGCUGAGCAAGGUGACAAGAAAAAGAAAAAGCGUGACCGUCAGAUCCAGAAAAUCACUAAUGCCACCAAUGCCUUUGUAUUCACCAACUUCCUGCUGGUUGGAUUUGGAAUCACCUGUCUUAUUCCUAACCUACCCCUGCAGAUUCUGUCCUUCAUUUUGCACACAAUUGUGAGAGGAUUCAUCCACUCAGCUGUGGGAGGCCUCUAUGCAGCUGUAUACCCCUCCACUCAGUUUGGCAGCUUGACAGGGCUGCAGUCGUUGAUCAGCGCCCUCUUUGCCCUUCUGCAGCAGCCUCUCUUCAUGGCACUGACGGGACCUUUGGAAGGAGACCCCCUCUGGGUGAAUGUUGGCUUGCUUGGCAUGAGCCUCCUGGGUUUCUGCCUCCCAAUCUACCUGGUCUGCUACAGGCGCAGGCUAGAGAGAGAAAAGAAGCAGAAGCUGGAAGAUGCCAAACUUUUCUUCAAAAUCAAUGGCACUCCCACUGAGGAAGCCUUUGUUUAAACUGGUGCUUCAUGUACAACCUCCCCUGUACAAGUUCCUACCACAGCUGUGGUUUCUACCUGUGGUGUAAGCCAGGACUUUUCUCCCCUGGCUCUGCCAGUCUUUGCUCCUCACUGGAGUGAGGGCUGGACAUCAUGACUGAGAUUUCCUCAGAUAUAUGGCAGGAGGAGACUUCCCACUCCUUACUCCAAAACACGGGACACUUUUCCUUUUUAUAAAGGCCACACAGAUAUUGUGUCUUAAAUUAUCCCCUGAUCAUACUCUCCAGCAGCAGAGAGUUUGCAUAGGAAUCUGGGGAGAGAAGGAAUAGAGGGAUGGGGGAAGAGGGAAGACAGACUAUAAUUUGAGUUUGUGAAUGUCACACACUGCAGUCUGUUUUCUUCCCCUCUUCCCCCAAACUUGGCUGACACAGUCUCGGAUGCAAGCUGCACUCUCCUCCCUCCCCAAGGCUUCAUAAUGGUCUCUCUGCUUGAUGUGUAGCUGGACCCAGUGGUUUUACUGUUUCUCCAGAUAUACCCCUGUUUCUGAGGCAGGGAAGGGGUUUUUGUUCCUAUGUGUAUGAGCACAGCUUCAGUGUAUUGCUAAAUGUUGGCUGCUAGCACUGACAGCUCCCAAACCUUUUAUUACCGCAAACGACACAGACUGUGAGCAAUGGAUCUGCCUUCCACGCUGAAAUGAAGAGCCUAUGGUGGACUGCUGGUCCUAGACCAAGCCUUGUCGGGCCUGGAAUUCCUCUUCUUCCUGGUUCACAAACUCACCUGUACGUGUUUUAAACUGUCUGCAGUCCUGGAGCCUCUGAGAUAAGAACUGGAUCUUCUUUACCGAUGAAGUGCUUUGAGACUUGUUGCCUUUUGCCUCUUCCCCCUUGACAUGACCCUGGGAGGGGAACACCAAUGUGUGUUCAGUAAAGUGGAGAAGCUUCUUGAAGCUGAGCUCUGAGGCUUCAGCUACCUUGGUGUUCACAUGCUGUGAGCUGACCUGCUGGUGAAAAGAACCAAGAGUGCAGAACACUCCUUUGAGUCCAGUAACUGGAUCCUGUGGACAUAUGGCAGGGUGCUGUGGUGAUGUCAUUUUUCCUUUAGCUUAUUUACCUUGCUAUGAUAAUGGUCACCAAGCUGCUGAACACCAGGUUACUGUGACUGACCAAAAUGCUGCCAGCUUGGCUGUUCUAGGAGCCUUCUACAAUGUUGAUGCUCUGUCUGGACAGAGCACCUGGUGAUUGAUUGUAUGGUGAAGCUGGCUGUCAGAGCAAUAUGUGUGCAAAGAGGUGUCCCAGGCCUGUUCACGCCAGGGAGGGAAUACAAAGGGAAUUUUUAACCUGC